AUGGAUGUCGAAUCCGUCACGUCGGCAAUCCACUCGCGCAUUGAGGCGCUGCGCAGCCUGAAGGCCACCCUGGUUAAGCAGGCCGCCGACGCAGUGAAGAGCUGCUGCCCCCCGCCAGACGCGGCGCCCACGCGCCGCGGCGACCAGGACGCGCGCCAGCAGCAGCGGCGCGCGCGGCCGCGGGGCGCAAGCGACGAGCGCGCCGACCCGUCGCACACGCCGGAUGGGGCUGGAGCCGGCAGGGGCGCGGGCGCACAGCUGCCAGUUGAGGGGUUCGGCAAGGUAUGGGAGGUGCUAAGCAAGCCAGUGCGAUGCGGAGAUGGCGACGCUGCAGAGCCCGCGGGCCCCGCGCCGCGCGCCUCGCUGCUGGACGCCGCCGCGCUCGAGGCGUACAAGCAGCACGCGGCGGCGCACGCGGCGCUGCUGCCGCCGGCGGCGGCGCGGCACGCGGAGGAGCUGCCCACCCUCGUGGCUCGCGCACUGCCGGCCGGCUGGGGGAUGUUUGGGCGCGGCCUGGACGAGAGCCUUGACGCUGCGUCCGCCGCCGCGGCCGAGCCGCUCCCAUCCCCUCAGGCUGGCGCCGAGCACCACGCCGCGCCGCCGCGCGCUCUGCUGCGGUCGCAGCACGAGCGCCUGCACUUGCUGCUCGCCGGCGCGCUGCCCGCCUGCCGCGCCGCCGCCGCCGCUGCCGGCGACGGCGAGGGCGUCGCCGCUGGCGAGGGCGCGGGCGCUGCGCCGUCGUUGGUUUUGUUACCCCUAGCGGAAGAGGAGGAGGCAGAUGCAGAUCCGCCAGACGUAGACCUGCCCAGUUACCUCUCCCGCUUGACGUUGCACCACCCGGGGCCCCGGCCCAAGCCGGCGCCCGCGCUCGUCAGCAGCAAAGCUGAAAUCCGAGGCGGCGGCGGUGCAGCACCUGCGACGUUGAGGGGGCAGCCCUCGCGGCUGGACGGCCGGGGCGCAGCCGCAUCAGACACAAGGGAGCUGCUGGCGGCCGACGGCUUUGGUGCUGCCCAGGGGCCGGCUGCGGCCGGCAUCGGCGCGGCAGCCGGCGGCCCCAUGGCCGCGCCAGGGGCCGCCUCGGUGGACCCGGCGGGCGCGGCCCCGCCGAUGCAGCAUGCCGACCCCUGGAGGGCCGUUGGCGCCGCGGGCGGCGCUGCCGGCAGCGCCGCUGCGGCGGCGGCAGAGUGCUUGGAGGCGUUGCUUGGGCUAGGCGGCGCGGAUGAGGGCGGCGGCUGUUCCUUGGAAAUCGAAGACGAUGAGGGGGCCUUGCGAGGCGCUGAUGUCAUGUCCCAGGGCGCUGAUGUCAGCCCACCGCAGCAGCAGCAGCAGCAGCAGCGGCAGCAGCAGCAGCGGCAGCAGCAGCAGCAGCAGCAGCAGCGUGCGUCGCAUGGGGAACGUGAGGCAGUUGCGCCCAGCCCUGCCGUCGGCGGCAGCGCCGACGACAUAGCAACAGAAGCGGAUCGUGGAGAGGGUGUCUCACCACGAGUUGGCGCCGAGGCCGCCGCGGCUGGCGGGGACGCAUACGCUCUGCUUGCUGCCACUGGUCGCUACGACGCCCCCAUGCCAAUGCUAGCUGCCGAGCCGCCGGCAACAAACAGUAGCGUUGCGGCCGCCGACGCCGGUGGCGUGCCGGAGGCGCCGGAGGCCGCAGAUCAGAUCAUGGACUGGGAUGCACCAGAAGAGAUUGAGCUGGAGGAGCACGCGUGGCGCCUGGCCGCCGCGUCCAGGCCGGCCUGGAAGCCCGUGGCGCGGGCGGAGGUGCUGCUCGUACCGCAGCACCAGGCGCCGCAGCGGCUGCCCCCCCAGGUGCGCGCGCCGCGUUCGGCUCACAGCUAA